GGAUUCCGCUAUAAAUACCCCGGUCCGAGGCGUGUGGCCGCCACACUCCAAUCCCCAUCGAUCUCCCCUGCACACUCCUUCGAUCCUCCUCCUUCGAUCGGGCGCUUGCUUUAGAUCCAUGGACCCUUACCUCAGCUCCUACGUCCACGCGGGGGCGGCGGCGGCCGCCUCUCCGAAUGGCAAGACGACUGAAUCAGGUGAUGUGCGGCCAUUAUCGGCGGUCGUCGUUGUCGACGUCGAGGCGCCUGCGUUGACGAAGACGGCCGAGGCCGAUCCGAGCGAGGACGGCGUUAACUACAUGGCCCGCGCGCAGUGGCUCCGUGCUGCCGUCCUCGGCGCCAACGACGGACUCGUCUCCGUGGCGUCCCUCAUGAUCGGCGUCGGCGCCGUGAACGCGACCCGCAAGGCCAUGCUCGUGUCCGGCCUGGCGGGGCUGGUGGCCGGCGCCUGCAGCAUGGCCAUCGGCGAGUUCGUGUCCGUGUACGCGCAGUACGACAUCGAGGUGUCGCAGAUCAAGCGCGACGGCACCGACGGCGGCGCCAGCAAGGAGAGCCUGCCGAGCCCGGCUCAGGCCGCGUUCGCGUCGGCGCUGGCGUUCGCGGUCGGCGCCCUCCUGCCGCUGCUGUCCGGCGUGUUCAUCCCGUCCUGGGGCGCCAGGGUCGCGGCUGUGUGCGUGGCGAGCAGCGUCGGCCUUGCAGGGUUCGGCGUGGCGGGCGCGUACCUGGGCGGCGCGAACAUCGUGAGGUCCGGCCUCAGGGUCCUCGUGGGCGGGUGGCUCGCCAUGCUCGUCACGUUCGGCGUGCUACGGCUCUUCGGGACCGUGUUUCACAUACAGAUCUCGUCGGCGUGAUCGAUCGUUCGGGCCAUGGAGAAAUGGAACAAUAAAACAGAGACCCAGCUGUUAAUUAAUUACUUGAUGAUGCGUUCAUCAGUAUUGUAGAUUUGUAGUAGCUAGCUUGGGAUGGGUGAUAUAUGGAUGGAUGCUACCUCCUACCAUGCAUCAGAAUGUGAAACCAUGCAUGCAUGUCAUGAGUAGCAAACUAGUGAUGGCUUGCUGGAUAGCGAAA